AUGGAGCCCAGUGUGGAGAACUGCAUGUCGCUAGUACUGCAGAAAGAUGUGGGCAAAAGGCUCCAAGUGGGACAGGACAUUAUUGACUAUAUCCUGGAUAAGGAAAAGUCUGAUGACCUGGAGCAGGACCAAACAGCGCUGGAUAAAAUGGUGGACGGCAUUGCAAGCUCUUGGGUCAACUCCAGCAACUUCAAGGUGGCGCUGCUUGGCCUGGAUCUGCUCUCUGCCUUAGUGACCAGAUUACAGGAGCGCUUCAGGGCCCACUUAGGAACAGUCCUCCCCAGCCUUAUUGAUCGAUUGGGAGAUGCCAAAGACCAAGUCCGGGAUCAGGAUCAAACACUGCUGCUAAAAAUAAUGGAACAAGCCGCAACACCUCAGUAUGUAUGGGACCGAAUACUGGGAGGUUUUAAACACAAGAACAACAGGACCAGAGAAGGAGUGUGCCUUUGUCUAAUCGCUACACUGAACACAUACGGAGCCCAGGGUCUGACUCUUAGUAAAAUAGUUCCUCAUAUAUGUAACCUUCUGGGAGACCCCACAAGUCAGGUCCGAGAUGGAGCCAUGAGCAGUCUGGUGGAGAUCUACAGGCACGUGGGCGAGAGAGUGAGACUGGACUUGAGUAAGAAGGGCCUCCCACAGUCACGGUUGAAUGUAAUCUUCAGCAAAUUCGAUGAAGUCCAAAGAUCUGGGAAUAUGAUCCCAUCGUCAGGCUCAGAUAAAAACUUUGAAGAUGAAGACUCAGUGGAUGGGGGCCGGUCCUCCUCCUCUUCCUCCUCCAGAGCGCCCCCUAGUGGGAGAAAAACGGUAAUGAGCUCAAUGAGGAGACCCAGCUCUGCCACCAUGGCUAAAGCUACAGCAAAAGAGGCCGCAGCUGGUGCUGUUGACGAAGAGGACUUCAUCAAAGCCUUUGAAGAUGCUCCUGCUGUUCAGAUCUUCUCCAACAGAGAGCUUGAAGACCAGCUGACCAAGAUCCGAGAAGUUCUGUCUGACGAUAAGCAUGACUGGGAGCACAGGGUGGUCGCGUUAAAGAAGGUGCGCUCCCUCAUCCUGGCUGGAGCCCUAGAGUACGAGGGCUUUUCACAGCAGCUCCGGCUCCUGGAGGCUCCCCUCAAGCUGUCCGCUAAAGACCUACGCUCCCAGGUGGUCCGAGAGGCCUGCAUCACACUGGGACAUCUUUCGUCAGUCCUGGGGAACAAGUUUGACCACGGAGCAGAGAGCAUCAUGCCCACGCUGCUCAACCUGGUGCCCAACAGUGCCAAAGUCAUGGCCACGUCGGGCAUGGCAGCCAUCCGCCUCAUACUCAGGCAUACACAUUACCCACGUCUCAUCCCCAUAAUCACCAGCAACUGCACCUCCAAGUCCGUAGCUGUCAGACGACGCUGUUACGAAUUCUUAGACCUUAUGUUACAAGAGUGGCACACAAACACGUUAGAAAGACAUGUGGCUGUGCUGACGGAGACCAUCAAGAAAGGAAUCCACGACGCCGACUCUGAGGCUAGGUCAAUUGCACGAAAGUGUUAUUGGGGUUUUCAUGGGCACUACAGCCGCGAGGCCGAGCACCUGUUCCAGGCUCUGGAGUCCACAUACCAGAAGGCCUUGCAGUCCCACCUGAAGAGCUCCGACAGCAUUGUGUCCCUGCCUCAGUCCGACCGCUCGUCCUCCUCGUCCCAGGAGAGCCUCAAUCGCCCACUUUCUGUGAAAAGUGUGAUUGGAGGGAGUAUGAACAGAAGUAAGCUGAUGGGCUCCCGGGGGUCUUCCCAGUCUGGCUCUCUGCAACGCUCUCGCAGUGAUAUCGACGUAAACGCAGCCACCACGGCUAAAACACGCCUGACCACUGUCCCCGCCCCCUCGCCGUUUAGCUCCGCCUCCACGCUACCUCCGGGAUCCUACGCCUCUUUAGGUCGCGUCCGGACCAGGAGAACCAGCUCCAGCAGCGUGGGUGGAGCCAGUCCCUCGGUGGUGGACAGUAGAGGGCGCAGUCGAGCCAAAGUGGUCUCCCAGUCACAACCUGGAAGCCGCUCCAGUUCUCCGGGGAAACUCCUGGGGAGUUAUGGCCGUAUUCCCCGCUCCACAGUCUCCACCUCAGCCUCCUCCACUCCUUCAGACAAGCGGAGCAGGAUCCCCCGGAGCCAGGGCUGCAGCCGUGAGACCAGCCCGAGCCGCAUGGGACUGGCCAGCCUCAGCCUGUGUGGUAAAAGUCUUGUCCCUUCCUACCGCACGCUAGCCCGGAGCCGCAUCCCCCGGCCCAGUAUGAGUCAGGGCUGUAGUCGCGACACGAGUCGGGAGAGCAGCCGCGACACCAGCCCUGCGCGUGGCUUCACUCCAUUGGCCUCUCGACGACAUUCCCGUUCUACCAGCGCUCUUCCCUCAGCUGACCCCCACGGCCCGUCAGACCGGUAUGGCUUUAUCAACCAGGCCCGAAUCUCUGCCUCGGUGAACGCCAUGCGGGUCCUGAACACGGGCACGGAGGUGGAGGCUGCGGUCGCCGACGCUCUGCUGUUAGGAGACUCCAGGAAUAAGCGGAAGCCCAUGAGGAGGAGGUACGAGUCCCCAGGCAUGUACUCCGACGACGAUGCUAACAGUGACGCUUCAAGUGCCUGCUCCGAGCGCUCCUACAGCUCUCGCAAUGGAGGCAUCCCCCACUACCUGCGGCAGACAGAGGACGUGGCCGAGGUCCUCAAUCACUGUGCCAGCUCCAACUGGUCCGAGAGGAAAGAGGGCCUGCUGGGGCUGCAGAACCUGCUCAAGAGCCAACGGAUACUCAGCCGAGUGGAGCUGAAGAGGCUGUGCGAGAUCUUCACCAGAAUGUUUGCGGACCCCCACAGCAAGGUCUUCAGUAUGUUCUUGGAGACCUUGGUGGACUUCAUCAUGGUGCACAGGGAGGACUUGCAGGACUGGCUGUUUGUGCUGCUCACCCAGUUACUAAAGAAGAUGGGGGCCGAUCUCCUGGGCUCAGUGCAGGCCAAAGUGCAGAAGGCGCUAGACAUCACCAGAGAAUCCUUUCCUUUUGAUCAGCAGUUCAACAUUCUCAUGCGGUUUAUUGUGGAUCAGACUCAAACGCCAAACCUAAAGGUGAAGGUGGCCAUUUUGAAAUACAUUGAGUCCCUGGCGCGGCAGAUGGACCCAACAGACUUCGGGAACUCUAGCGAGACCCGCCUGGCCGUGUCCCGCAUCAUCACCUGGACCACAGAGCCCAAGAGCUCCGACGUCAGGAAGACCCUCCAAAGCUGGGUGUGCGAGGAGCUAGCGGGCAGGUCGAGCGCGGCGGCCUUGCUGUCUGCCGAGUGCAACAUGGAGGAGAGGUGUAAGCAGGCGGCCCAGGUGGUUCUCAUCUCUCUGUUUGAGCUCAACACUCCGGAGUUCACCAUGCUUCUGGGAGCUCUGCCCAAGACAUUCCAGGACGGCGCCACCAAGCUGCUCCACAACCACCUCAAGAACUCCAGCAACACCAGCAGUACCGUGGGCUCUCCGAGUAAUACGAUCGGCCGGACACCUCCACGCCACACCCCCAGCAGGACCAGCCCUCUCACCUCUCCUACCAACUGCUCUCACGGGGGACUGUCCCCAAGCAUGAUGGAGUACGACACAGAAAACAUGAACUCAGAGGAAAUCUACAGCUCUCUGCGUGGUGUUACGGAGGCCAUUCAAAGCUUCAGCUACCGCAGCCAAGAGGACCUGAACGAGCCAAUGAGACGCGAGGGCAAGAGGGACGAUGCUGUGGGGCGAGAAGGCGUGUCCUCCUCCCCGGGCUCGGACUCUCGGCUGGGGCUGGACGUGGUGGAGGGCGGCCGCACGGCUCUGGACAAUAAGACGUCUCUGCUCAACACCCCAUCCCCACGCUCCUUUGCUGGGCCGCGCACUCGAGACUUUUCUCCUUAUGGCUACGGAGACACCAUCAGUUCCUACGACAAGAGCGCUCUGAAGGAGGCCGUGUUUGACGACGACGUGGAGCAAUUCCGGGAUUCACGCCGACAGGAAAGCACGGAGAACAAGAUGACCCUUCCCAAGGCGUAUGCUCCCGUCGGUCAGGAACACUCGGACAUCGUGGCAGAUCUGCUGAAGGAGCUGUCUAAUCACAAUGAGCGGUGCGAGGAGAGGAAAUGUGCACUGGUGGAGCUGUUGAAGCUCACUCGCGAGGACAGCAUGGCCGUGUGGGACGAGCACUUCAAGACCGUGCUGCUGCUGCUGCUGGAGACGCUGGGGGACAAAGAUCACACUAUUCGGGCCAUGGCUCUACGUGUGCUGAAAGAGAUUUUGAAAAACCAGCCAGGCCGCUUCAAGAACUACGCCGAGCUGACCAUCAUGAAGACGCUGGAGGCCCACAAAGACUCGCACAAAGAGGUGGUGCGUGCGGCGGAGGAAGCGGCGGUCACCCUGGCCGGCUCCAUUCACCCGGAGCAGUGCAUCAAGGUGCUGUGUCCCAUCGUGCAGACUGCAGACUACCCCAUCAACCUGGCCGCCAUCAAGAUGCAGACCAAGGUCAUUGAGCGCAUCAGCAAAGAGCCUCUGAUCCUGCUGCUUCCGGACAUCAUUCCAGGACUCCUGCAGGGCUAUGACAACACGGAAAGCAGCGUCCGAAAGGCCAGCGUGUUCUGCCUGGUGGCCAGCUACUCUGUAAUUGGGGAAGACCUCAAGCCCCACCUGGCACAGCUCACGGGUAGCAAGAUGAAGCUCCUCAACCUGUACAUCAAGCGAGCACAGACGACGAACAGCAACAGCAGCAGCUCCUCGGACGUCUCUUCUCACAGCUAA